CUUGCCAAUGUGUUCAUCUUCAUAUGCGCCAACCUGGCUGGGGUCUUCACCCACUACCCGACGGAAGCCGCACAGCGACAAGCCUUCCUUGAGACGCGGCGAUGCAUCGAAGCCAGGCUCACAACACAACGGGAAAACCAGGAACAGGAGAGACUGCUGUUGUCGGUGUUGCCACGGCACGUUGCCAUGGAGAUGAAGGCCGAUAUUGCUAGCAAACGGGAGGACAUUCAAUUCCACAAGAUCUACAUCCAGCGUCACAGCAACGUCAGUAUAUUGUUCGCAGACAUCGAGGGUUUCACCAAGCUGUCCUCCCAGUGCACGGCACAGGAGCUGGUCAAGAUCCUCAACGAGCUGUUUGCUCGCUUCGACAAACUGGCUCAGGAGAACCACUGCUUGCGGAUCAAGAUUCUGGGGGACUGUUACUACUGUGUCUCAGGCCUGCCAGACCCCCGCCCGGACCACGCCCACUGUUGUGUGGAGAUGGGACUGGACAUGAUAGAAGCCAUAUCAUUGGUCCGUGAGGUAACACAGGUCAACGUCAACAUGCGUGUGGGUAUUCACAGCGGCAAGGUGCACUGUGGGGUGCUGGGCAUGAGGAAGUGGCAGUUUGAUGUCUGGUCCAACGACGUGACGCUGGCCAACACCAUGGAGGCAGGCGGCAUGCCAGGGAGGGUCCACAUCACCACGCCGACGUUGAAGUUCCUCAAUGGCGACUACGAGGUCGAGCCAGGCAACGGGAAGGACCGCAACUCCUACCUGAGAGAUCACAACAUUGAUACCUACCUCAUCGUGGCCAAGGGACCCCGAAAGAAUAACGACCUGAACAACUCCCCACUGACAUCCAAUGGGGAACAUCGAGGCCGCUCCUCCUCCGUGGCUCAGCUGGAGAGCUGGGGGGCUGAGAAGCCCUUCUCCAACUACCUGACCACCGUGCCGGCCCACCGAACCAAGGACCUGCGCAAGCACUUUGAGGGGGACCGCCCGGCGGGACAGGCUAACCUGGAAAAUAAACUCGGCCUACAGGACAUGAAGCGACCAGCUGACCCAGAUGAGGAGGUCAACGAGUUCUUAGGUCGCGCCAUCGACGCUCGAAGCAUUGACAGGCUACGCUCGGAGCAUGUCAAACGACUGACGCUGACAUUUCGCAAGCCGGAGUUAGAGGAAAAGUACUCCAAAGUGAGAGAUCACAUGUUCAGUUCCUACAUGCUGUUUGCAUUCCUCGUCCUACUCUUCAUCUGCAUAAUACAGCUUUUCAUUUUCCCAAAGACCGUGAUAAUGCUUAUAGUCUUUCUCAGCACAGUUGUCGUCCUUGCCUCCACUCUCUUCAUUGUCCUAGCAGAAAAGUGCUUUUGCGUACCGGACCGCUUUGCUAGGAUAUCCCAUGGCAUUCUGGAGAGGAGAAAUCUGAGUUCAGUCAUUGCUGUGUGUACUGUCAUCAUCAUCUUUGUAGCCUCCUUCUGCUCCAUGUUUGCAUAUGACACGACAGAUCUCCGCGCUUGUCUGGCCACGGCGGAAGGUAACGUCUCGGAGUCUGACGUCGGCAAGGAGCAAGUGGAUGCCAGUGGAUUGACAUUGGGUGAAGAGUACAAUCUAAACACCGACUGCCAGGGAGACAAGCCGGCCUGCCACUUCCCACAGUACUUCACAUUCUGCGUGAUGCUAGUCAUGAUCAGCUGUGCGGUCUUCCAGCAGGUGGGCAGCAUGACCAAGCUGUGUCUGCUCAUUCUGAUUGGCGGGGUCUUCACGGCCAUCAUUGAGACCGCCCAGGUCAGCCUCUUCAACAACAGCGACCUGCUGCACGAGGCGCACGUCGGGUUGGACAAUGCAGCUUACGUCUCUAUGAAGUGGACCGGUCCGGUUAUCAUCGUGGUCUACAUUGUUGCCCUAUGGAUGCAUGGCUUACAGGUGGAGUCCACGGCCAGACUGGACUUCCUCUGGAAACUACAAGCAACUGAGGAGAAGGAUGAGAUGGCCAAUCUGCAGGCCUACAACAAGCGUCUCCUCAACAACAUCCUGCCCUCCUUUGUCGCGGAGCAUUUCCUCAAGAACAACGCCAAGGACAUGGACCUGUACUACCGGGCCAACGACUUCGUAGCCGUCAUGUUUGCCAGCAUCACCAACUUCUCCGACUUCUACGUGGAGCUGGAGGCUAACAACGAGGGGGUGGAGUGCCUACGACUCCUGAACGAGAUCCUUCACGACUUUGAUGAGAUUAUCGGUGACGAGAAGUUUUCCCAGAUAGAGAAGAUCAAGACCAUCGGCAGCACCUACAUGGCGGCGUCGGGCCUGACAGAGGAGACGUUUGACCGGGAAGGCAACACCCACGUGGUUGCCCUGGCAGACCUGGCAUUCCACUUACUGGCCCAGCUGCGUUACGUCAAUGAACACUCCUUCAACAGCUUCAAGAUGAGAGUGGGCCUGAAUGUUGGACCUGUGGUUUCUGGAGUGAUCGGUGCUCGCAAGCCGCAAUAUGACAUUUGGGGAAACACAGUCAACGUUGCAAGCCGCAUGGACAGCACGGGCGUCCCCGAUAAAAUUCAGAUAACACAAGAAAUGGCCAACAUCCUGCGUCCCAUCGGUUAUACUCUAAUGGAGAGGGGCUACGUGACGGUCAAAGGCAAAGGAGAAAUGUUGACCUACUUCCUGGAAGGAACACCCAACCCAAUCAACAUACGGUGACCGUAUUCAUCUAGCAAGUCUGUGAAUAAAGUGUGUAUCAAUAUUUUGUUUUUGCCUGUUUCAGUAUUUUACUAGGGAUUAGCUGUAACCCAAGUAGGAAUCUUUGCCCAAUUAGGAAUCCAUUGUUUGGUCUUAUUUGAAUAUCGUGAAAGCCCAUCAACUUACGGUGAAAGUAUUCAUAUUAACAUAGGAAGUCUAUAAAAAGAUGUGUAUUAUUAUUUUGUUUUGCCACCCUACUUAUGCCUGUUUCAGUAUUUUGCAUAGAAUCAGUUUGUAACCCAAAUUGGAAUUAUCUGUCCAACUAGGAAUCCAUUGUUAGGCCUCAUUUUGGUGAAUAUCGUGAAGCCCAUCAACUUACGGUGACUGUAUUCAUAUAACAAGUCUUAAAAAAAAAGUGUAUUACUGUUACAUGUAUUUUGUUUUGCCGCCCUCCUUACAGUAUUUUUUUCAUAGAGUCAGUUUGUAACCCAAACAGGAAUUGUAUGCCCGAUUAGGAAUCCAUCAUUUGGCAUCAUGUAAUAAAUGUUGUGCAAGUUUGUUACGUAUUUCUCUUUUCAAUUUUUACUUUGGGCUAGCAGUAUUACUGGUAUCACUACCAGUCAUUUUUUUGGUGUAACAUGGAAUAGUUUUAGCUGGUAACCGAGACAAAAUAUCAAAUACAUACUCUGUUUAAAGCAGGCUAGGCAAGCCUUGUAAAACUGGUCCCAGACUCAUUGUCUGGGUAGUCAGCCAAGUCAAUUUUUUGGACCAGGGUGAGGCUUAAACAAGUCUAAUUCACAAGGGACAGUCUCAGUCAGUGAGGUAAAUUUUGGCAUUUUGGCAAGAUCAUCAUGAUGGUACUUUGAACCCAGCUUAGAAAAUUUUGAUCAAUGAACGGACUAUGGAAAGCUGAUAGAACAAAAUUAAUGAUACAUUUUGUCAAAUUUUCACAUUCACACGCUUCUCUGCUAAAAUGGCAGUUGAGACUGGACGCCCAAACAAAGAAAUGUAUUGUAUAAGUAUUAGCAUCUAGUCCUUGUUACAUUCAGCAUAGAUUUUGCGUUUUUAAACUUUCAAAAACUAAAGUUCUAAACAGUGGGCCCCCUUGAAGGUAGUUCACAAUUUUACAGUGAACCCACAACAAUACUUCAGCAUUGGAUUAACACAGUCAAUUACAAUUUGCGUGUAUCCAGUUUUAAAAUAAUGCAAUUAUAAAAUAGGCAUUGCACAGCGGUGCUUGAUAUUGCUGAAAUACUAAUAAACUCCCAAAUUGUAUUCCUUUUAAUCUGAAUUUGCCACAGAAAUCAUGUAUUCCGAUUCAAUUAAUACAAGCAUUAAUAUAUUUUUUUGCUCAGAAAAGAAAUACUGGCAGCCGUACAGUAUUUGAGAAUGUAUCAGUAUUAAGCUAAAGGAUUGUUUGCCCUGCCACUACGUGCUAACUUAUUUCAUCUAGAUGAUAUUUGAAUAACUUCAUCCUACUUGAUAUUUUUAAUAUUUAAUAACUGGAUGCUAACUUUUGUUUGAAACCCCUUUUACAAAUUUGAAUGAUCCUGCAACCAUUUCAAUCAUAUAUUUUAAAUCUAGAGCAACAGCUUAUACAGAUCUAUAUGUACAAGAAUUUCUUAACAGUUCAAUGAAUUUGUCAAGUACUGAAGUGAAAUUUAUGACAUAGAUACUCAAGAUGCUAUUGAUAGUUACUGAGGAAAGAAUGUUGCAACCUGACGCUGCUUUUUUCUUCAUAUAUCAUCUCAAUAAAGGUCAGUCACUGCAAAAUUGAUGAUAAGACAUGAAUCUGGGA